AUGUCUUCGAUAACAUGGCUGGAAAUCUUGCUGUUCCAAAAACAUUGACGAGAUUCUCUCUGUCCACAAAGAUUCUAGAUCUCCAAUCAUUUACGGGUCACGACUUGAAAAACCGUAGUAAUAUCUACAACAGCAUCUUCAAUCCCGAAUCUUUCUACACGUCCCUUCUUGAUAGAUCAACUUGCAGGAGACAUCUAAAUCAAAUUCAUUCCCAGAUAAUUGUUACUGGGUUUCAAUAUAACGGGUACAUCGUCACGAAAUUUAUCCACGUGAGUUCUAAUGUAGGGGAGAUCUCGUAUGCACGCCAGUUGUUUGAUGAAUUUCCUGAACCAUAUGUAUUUUUGUGGAACGCUAUUAUUCGGGGCUACUCCAAGCAAAACAUGUUUGAUGAAGCUCUUAUGUUGUACACUCGAAUGCAAAACGUGGGUGUCCGGCCAGAUUGCUUCACACUGCCUCAUGUGCUUAAGGCAUGUGGAGGAGCAGCUGCCUUCGAAGUUGGUCAGGCGGUACAUGGGCAGAUCUUCAGGGGUGGGUUCGAACGGGAUGUGUUUGUGCAGAAUGGGGUUGUGGCUGUGUAUGCUAAGUGUGGUAGAAUUGAUCAUGCUAGAAAUGUGUUUGAGGGGUUGGGUGGUAGGACGAUUGUGUCAUGGACUAGUAUCAUUUCAGCAUAUGCUCAGAAUGGACAGCCAAUUGAAGCUUUAAGGAUUUUUAAAAAGAUGAGGAAUUAUGGUUUGCAACCAGAUUGGAUUACUUUGGUCAGUGUUAUCAGUGCCUAUGCUGACAUAGAGGACUUGGGACAAGGGAAAUCUUUACACUCUUGUGUGAUCAAGAUGGGACUUGAGUUUGAGCUGGACUUGCGGAUUGCUCUGACUACGUUGUAUGCAAAAUGUGGGAAUGUGAUGAUUGCCAAAUCUUUAUUUGAUGAAAUGGAGAUAUCCAAUGUGAUUAUGUGGAACGCGAUGAUUUCUGGUUUUGCAAAAAAUGGUUGCUGCAAUGAAGCUAUAACACUUUUCCAAAGAAUGUUGUCAAAAAAUUUAAGACCAGAUACUGUAACAGUUUGCUCUGCAAUCCUGGCUUGUGCGCAACUGGGAUCACUCGAAGAAGCAAGAAAGAUGGGUGAAUACAUCGACAACAGCGAGUAUAGAAUUGAUGUGUUUGUCAACACAGCGCUUAUUGACAUGUAUGCAAAAUGUGGAAGCAUAGACUUAGCCCGGAAAGUUUUUGAUCAAACAAAAACCAAAGACAUAGUUGUUUGGAGUGCCAUGAUUGUUGGCUACGGCUUACAUGGCAGGGCACAUGAAGCGAUCAACCUUUUCUAUUUGAUGAAGCAAGCUGGGGUGCGCCCAAAUGAUGUCACAUUCAUUGGGCUUCUUACAGCAUGCAAUCAUGCUGGACUUGUAGAAGAAGGUUGGAGAAUAUUUGACAGUAUAAGAGACUAUGGUAUUGAACCACGCUAUCAACACUACGCUUGUGUCGUCGAUCUUCUUGGUCGUGCAGGGUGUUUGGAACGGGCUUAUGAUUUUAUAACAAAGAUGCCAAUCAAACCUGGUGUGUCGAUAUGGGGAGCACUUCUGAGUGCAAGUCGGAUUUAUCGCCAUGUGGAACUAGGAGAAUAUUCUGCACAACAGCUUUUCUCGUUAGACCCUUGCAAUACAGGGCAUUAUGUACAGCUGUCCAAUCUCUAUGCUUCAGUCUUUAUGUGGAGUGGUGUAGCAAGGGUUAGAGUGUUGAUGAAGGAGAGAGGAUUGACCAAGGACAUGGGGUGUAGUAUGAUAGAGAUUGAAGGGAAGCUUCACGUCUUUCGUAUGGGAGACAUCUCACAUCCAAGAUCGAAUGAAAUAUAUAAGGAGCAUAAGAGGUUGGACAGGAGGUUGAAAGAGGCUGGAUUUGUUGCAGAUACAGAUUCUGCUUUACAUGACUUGAGUUAUGAAGACAAGGAGGAGAGUCUCUGCAAUCAUAGUGAAAGGCUUGCAAUUGCUUAUGGGCUUAUCAGUACUCCUUAUGGAACUACACUUAGGAUAACCAAGAAUUUACGUGCAUGUGUAAACUGUCAUGCUGCAAUAAAACUGAUAUCUAGACUUGAAAACCGGGAGAUAGUUGUUAGGGAUUCCAAUCGGUUUCAUCAUUACAAGGGUGGGGAGUGUUCUUGUGGAGAUUAUUGGUGAGAGAAGCUUGGUUUAUCUAGCUGGUUCAGAGUCUAUUUUAUAUGAUUUUUUGAUCAGUUUCCCUGCACUGUUAAGAUUUCGAAAUGUACAAGUUGGAUCUAUCAGGCUGACUUGAUGAUUAGAGUCUGGGAGACACCCCUUGUUAUGUUGGUGCUGAGAGUUUGGCGAUAACAAAGCUAAAACAUAAAGAAACCCAAGUAGCAAGACCAAGGAUGAUGAUUUUCUUCUGGCAUUCUUGAAGUCUCAGGUGUGAACAGUAUUGCCUCCACGCAGGUUUCUCCAGGGAUGGAGAGUAACUCAUAUGAUUUAGACGGUUGCAGCUCAUCACCUGGGAAGCCAUGUCCAAAAGGUAUGACUUCAGAUACCUGCACAUUAUAACCCACCAACAUAUACUAUUUUCUUAGCUUAUCAAAGUCGUAUGUGAGUGUCUGCUAAAGAGGUUUUAU